AUGAAACGUGUAACGGAGUACCCUGCGCGCGUGCUAGAGGGAAAGCAAGAACCAAGAUAUCCGUCUUGCUCACUGCAAGUGGUCCUCUUGAGGUUGGGCCCAGAGUCAGAGCGGCACUUCUGGCAGGCCUUGGCCCCCGAGUUGGGAGCGAUGCUCAGAUCUGGGCAUGGCUUGCAGGUAGAAGUCUUGGCGGAUCCCCCUCUGGCGGUCAGAGCUCCCCCCAGUGCAGACAGGCGCCCGGUACAUCAGCGUCUUGGAACCCCGGCACAGAGCCCUGAGCGCCGUCCCAUCUCGGAGCGGCUAACUGUUCCAGUGCAGGGGGAGCGGGUGCGGGUCGCAGACCGCCUCGGGCCAACCAACCGGUCCAAUCUGCAAAAUCGUUUAGGCACCCCUAACCCUUCUCCCCCUACAGGGCCUAUCGAGUCUAGCCCCGGGCAUCGAUUGCUGGCUUUGGCCGCAGAAACAGAGGACCGGGAGGCGAUCGAGCUGGGCAGCCAACUCGAAGGGUUCCCCUCCCCGACACUCGCCCCCCGAUCCCGAGUUCGAGUUCGGUCCCGUUACCCAGAUGAGAGCGCUCAGCCCAAGCGCUCCCGGUUUGAUCAGCCCCUUGCAGACUCCUCGGCACUCGGAGCCGAGCUUCUUUACAUCUCCGCUCAGCGUCGCCUGCAGCAGCUGCAGCUUAUCGCAAAGACUUGGGGUUUGCACUGCGACGACCCCGAUAACAUUUGUCUGGGGCGGUCGAGGGACUUGAGUUGGAUGGAGAACAUUCAGGCGGAGAUUGCGGAAGCAGAGGCGACAAACGACCCCUCUGAAGAGGUCGUCCACAACUUCUACUUCAGUCGUCACUACGGCUGCGAUUUCGACCUCCAUCCGGACGGUCUCCCGGAAGUCGCGCUGGGACGUCUGAUCUUCUUCGCCUUCGUUUUCUCUACAAACAAUUUCCUAGCUUUUGGGGUAGAGCGCAGAGGCGCUAAGCAGAGCAGGAACAGGGGAUCCGCAGCAGCACAGCCCAAGGGGCUAGUGCGCUGUGUAAAGCACUAA